ACACCCAAAACAGAAAACAACUCCUAUUGCUUCGUGCAAAACAUGAGAAGUAGAGAGGGGAUAUCAGAUAGAGAGAAAGGAGGUGAGAAUAGGGGGAAACGAUCAUCGCCGGAGGUGCAGUAGCAAGGUCGCCGGACUGUUUUCACGGCGGAUCGGAGGAAGAGGAGAAGGCCGGAGUUGACGCCGCCGGACCAAUCUGCGGUCGCUGAAGGAUGACAUCGCCGCCGCCAGAGCUCUCUACCUGCGUCGUUCAACUCGUCCGCCGUCGUAGCCUCAUAGGUUGAUUAUGAAUCCUGGAAACACACCUGGCCAGAAAUAUGUGAUGAGGUAGAAAGAUUAGCUAAAUGUAAAGAAAGCUCAGUUCCUAUUAAUGAUGGCCCCAUUACCUGUGAGGACAACAUUGAUCGGGGAACUGAUAUUGCUCAGAUCAACUCCCAUUCUGCUAGUCCAGAUGAGAACCAUGAUAAUGUGGGAGGAGAAAACACCAUUAUUGAUGUCACUGGAGAAGUCAGUAAUGCUCAGAUUGCAUCCAACCCUGUGAAUCAAGUUGAAGAAUAUCAUGCAUUUCAGGAAGAAGGAUACCUUAAAGUCACUGGAAGAAAAUCAAAGAAAAAAUCUGAAGUUGAAGCUUCAACAAUUACAACAAGGAAUGCGGCGAGGAAGAAGGAUAGCCAAGGGCUCUCACAGGCUGUUGGGCCUGGGUCUAAAUGAAUUGCCUCUUUUGGAAUGUUAGGGGCCUAGAGUCCUCCUGCUCCAGGCUAUAUUCCCUAACUCAACAAUGGAGGAUUCAUAUACUUAUUGUUAUUGAGCCUAUUGUAGCUAAUUCUAAAGCUAGUAAUUAUAAAUCUCAACUUGGUUUUAAUGAAGUUGCUAUUUCUGGAAUUAACAAAAUUUGGGUGUACUGGAGUUCUGAAAAUGUCCAACUUUCUGACUUUAUUUGGCAUGAACAAUAUGUUCAUUUUAAAGUCUCUUCAGGGUCUUUUUUGGGCUGGAUUACAGGCAUCUAUGGGGAUCAUAAUUAUGUGAUUAGAAGACAAUUAUGGGCUGAUUUAGCUACUUUUUCUCAAACUAUGAAGGAUCCAUGGAUUGUGGGAGGUGAUUUUAAUUCUAUUGCUAAUUUUAAUGAGCAUCAGGGGAGAGGUAUACCUGCUUUGGCCAGCAUUCAAGAUUUCUCAAACUGCAUCUCAAUGUGUAACCUGGUUGAUCUUCCAUACAAUGGCUGCAAAUACACGUGGACUGGAACUAGAUCUAAUGGAAGAGUUUGGAGAAGACUAGACAGAUGUUUAAUUAACAAUUUGUGCUUGGAUCUUUUUGACAGCAUUCAAAUCUCACAUCUUAAUAGCUCUCCUUCUGACCAUAAUCCCAUUUUAAUUCAAUGCUCUAGUUGUAUUUCAUAUGGUCCUCGACCUUUCAGGUUUCAGAACAUGUGGACUACACAUCACACUUUUAUGGAGACUGUUCAAAGAAGCUGGAAUGCUCAAAAUCAUGGAGGUGGCAUGAGAGGGCUAGUUAGGAAGUUGCAGGCUCUUAAAAAGGAUCUUAGGAAUUGGAAUUUAAAGACCUUUGGGAAUAUUUUUGCGGAUAUUAAAUGUUGUGAGGCAGAAGUUCUUGAAACUGAAAAAACUUUUGAGGAAAAUCCUAGUUCUGAAAAUAGGGAGAAAUGGUCUCAAUCCAGGGCCUUACUCAUGUCCAAAUACAAACUUGAGAAAAAAUUUUGGAAACAGAAGGCAAAUAUCAAGUGGCUUAAAGAGGGUGAUGCUAAUACAGCUUUUUUUCACUCUUUUGUGAAAAUUAGGAAUAAAAUGCAGACCAUUACUUCUAUCAAUGACUCAGAUGGGAACCUACUUACCUCCAGUCCAGAUAUUGGGGCUGCAGCAGUUGAUUUUUUUAAGGGUCUUUACUCUGUGGAACCUGAGGUAGCCGCUGAUCAAAUUCUGCAAUUUAUACCUGAAAUCAUUACAGAAGAGGAUAAUAUUAUGCUUUCUUCUUUGCCAGAGGAGGAAGAAGUUAAAAAGGCAGUUUGGGACCUCAACCCUAAGGGGGCUCCAGGACCAGAUGGUUUUAAUGGGAAAUUUUUUAGGAAAUGUUGGUCUAUUGUGGGUAAGGAUGUGACAUUGGCUGUGCAAGAAUUCUUUUUAGGCAUUAAUAUUCCUGCAGGUUUUGCCAGUUCUUGGAUAGUUCUUAUCCCCAAAACGGAUAGACCAUCCUCUUUUUCAGAAUUUAGACCCAUUUGUUUGUCAAAUUUUGUGAACAAGGUGUGCACUAAGGUUUUGGCUUUCAGACUCAGUUCUAUUUUGUCCAAAAUUAUUUCUAAAGAGCAAGCUGGAUUUAUGAAAGGUAGGGAUAUAGCUGAUCAAGCCCUCAUGGCACAAGAAAUGAUACAUGCUAUUGAUAAGAAGAUAAGAGGGGGUAAUGUGGUGAUUAAACUGGAUAUGGCCAAAGCCUUUGAUAGGGUCUCUUGGAAAUUCUUAUCUGAUGUUCUGAAACGGUUUGGGUUUUCUGCACGAUUCAUUAUGUUGGUAAUGAAUAACUUAAAAUCCACUUUUCUAUCAGUUUUGGUUAAUGGCUCUCCUCAAGGUUUUUUUAAACCUCUUAGGGGGGUUAAACAAGGAGAUCCUCUAUCCCCAUUUUUAUUUAUUAUUGCUGCAGAAGGUUUUUCUAGAGCUCUAAACUGGCAUAUGGAACAAGGUCACAUUAAGCCUUAUUGGAUGGGGAACCAGGGGUUUCCUGUAUCUCACUUGGGAUUUGCAGAUGAUAUACUAGUUUUUCUCAAUGGUGAGAUUAGAUCUAUUAUUAGAUUCAAGAAAUUCAUUGGUUUAUACCAAGCUGCAUCAGGCCAGGCAGUAAAUCUGGACAAGAGCUCUAUUGUAUGUGGCAAAUAUGCUGAGAGAAGGAGCAGGAUUUUGAAGGAUGCGUUAGGCAUGAAUCUGUCUUCCCUUCCUAUGAAAUACUUGGGUGUCAACCUGCACAGGGGAAUAAAUAGGUUUAACUACUGCAGCCAGCUGAUCAGUCAAUUUGAGAAAAAAUCAACUCCAUGGAAGCAAAAGAAUCUCUCUCAGGGUGGUAGAUUAAUCUUAAUUAAGCAUGUGCUUAAUUCAAUCCCUUUGCAUACUCUAGCUACUGAUACAUUGCCAAAGAAGGUUAAGAGAAUCCUGGAAUGUAAGAUGGCAGAUUUCUUUUGGGGUUCAUCUAAUCAUAAAAGGAAAUAUCAUUGGAAAAGUUGGUCCCGUCUUUGUGGUCCUACUGAAGAAGGAGGUUUGGGGAUAAGAUCUCUUACUGAUUUGGAGAAAUCUUUUACCCUAAAGUUGUGGUGGAAGUGGAAAACAGGCAACACCUUUUGGAAUACUUUCAUUAAUGACAAAUAUUCUAGGGAGGGGAAUAUCAUACCUAAAAUCACAGAUUCUCCCUUUUGGAAAAGAAUCUGUGCCAUCAACUCUGAAGCUCUUUCUGCCUGCUCUUAUAAUUCAUCUGGGGUAAUUUGUUGGGACCUGGAAAGUUCUGGCUGCUUCACUCUCCAAUCGGCCUACAACUUCAUUAGAGAGGAGAAUGUUAGUACUUUUGCUUUUAAGCAAAUUUGGCAUCCAGGUCAGCAUUUAAAAGUGAAAAUAUUCCAAUGGAAGCUUUUACUAAACAUUCUGCUUGUUACAAAUAACUUGCAGAGGUUUGGUUUGGUUCUAAAUCCUUCAAUAUGUCCAUUAUGUAGGAAAGGUGCAGAUACUAUGGAUCAUCUGUUUUAUCAGUGUGGUAUUUCUUUUCCUGUUUGGGUUUAUUUUAUGGGGUUAUUUGGUAUUCCAGUGCCCCAUCAAAAUACAUCAAUCAGGCAAAUUUUGAUACUGUGGUGGCUUAAAGCAGGAAACAAACAUUUGGAGGAUAUGUUUAAACAUAAUCUACCUGGGAUAAUUUGUUGGAAUAUUUGGAAGGUUUAUACUAAUAUUAUUUGGGGAUCUGAGGAGGGUCGAGUUACUUCGUCCUUUAUUAUUAUGCAGAUUAAAAUCUAUACACAACAAUGGAUUUAUUCACUGAAUAAUCCGCAUGCCUCAACCAAGCUUGAAGAUGUAUUCUAUGGAGAAAAUCUGAUUCCUAAAAGUAUUAAACUCACAGGAAGAAGGUUUAAGUUGAUUAAAUGGAACAAACCAAUCACUGGAAUGAAGUUAAAUGUUGACGCGUCGUUUUUACCUGACAAAGCUCUGGGUGGCGCUAUUAUGCGUGAUUGCAAUGGCAGGUUGGUCUUCGCUGUCAGAUUUCCAGUUCAGGCAUCCUUUCCGUUGGAGGCGGAGCUCAAAGCGAUCCUAAUCUCGACGAGAUGGGCGAUUCAGGCGGGUUAUGACAAAUUCCAGGUAGAAACGGACUCACGUGAGGCAGUCUUGAUUUUGUUGGGGAAGAAGAAUCGCAGAUGGGAACGAAUGAUUCAGGAAACCUUGCUGAUCUCGAACAGUUUAAACAUCGGGUUUGAACAUAUUUUGCGCGAGGGCAACUGGACUGCCCAUUACUUGGCUAAGGAAGGUUUGGGCUAAUUUGAUAUCUUUACCAGGCCAGGUGAUCUACCUAUUUCUGCUCGGCGGGCCUAUAAUAUGGAUUUCUUUGGUUUACCCAAUUUUAGAUUUUUAUAAGUGACUUUUUUGGGUAAGGUUUGGUCCCCCCAUUUCUUUAUUUUUGCUCAUUUACUGUUUCCUUUCGGAGGGGUUUUGGCCUAGUCCCCCCCUCGUUUUUGUUUUCGUUCAUGUUUCUUUAAUAAAAUCUGGUAAAUGUCCCCCGGCAUUUACCCCACUGAUUUUGGUGGUUGACCUUCCGGGGUAAAAAAAAAAAAAAAAAAAAAAGAUAGUAGCAAAUUACAAAGGUUGACUGGUCAAUGCCUAACCAUAAUAUACUCCUAAUAUGUAAACUAUACAUUAGUACGUACUUGCAUAUGUAUUAAACUCCUAGCAACUAAGGUACAUGUAAGGUACUGGUGUGUAAAAUAACAAUAAUAAAAGUGCUACGCUAGCUAGUACGAUCGGGUCCAAACAUAUAUGGUAAUGCUUACAAAUUAGAUGUGACUUUUGAUAUUUCGCCAGGACUUGUUAUAAAAAUGUUACUUUCGUAAUUAUUAUAAAAAAAAUCACUUCUAUUUUCUGAUUAAGAAUGUAACCGAUGUUAAACUUUUCUCUCAUUCACUUUAUUUAAAAUGUCACACUUAUAACAUUUUAUCAGACUAUUUAUUCAUUUUAUCUUAUUUUAAUUUUUCGAGGUGUCACAUGAGUCUCCACCAAUUCUAGCUUGAGUCAAAGUCCCUGGCAGCCUACCAUCUUUGCCUUUAAUAUUCCAAUUGGGUGGAUAACCAAUACGUGCAAAGCAUGCAUCGUAAGUAUGGUUAGUCCUUCCACAAUAGGAGCAAGACCGACUUUCCUUUGCAGUUGAACGUCGUCCUGGAAUUGGCUCUCUUUUAGUUUGUGUGUAAAAAGCCGUACCAUCACCACCUGGUUUGCGUGCGGGUGUGAUAGACCUGUGUUGUUCACUCUCUGAAACAAGAUGAUAUGCGGCGGUGAGAGUAGGAACCGGCCUUGUGGCCAGAAUCUGGCUCUUCAAUUGGGCAUAAGCAUCGUCCAAACCCAUCAAGAAAUCAUAAAGACGGUCUCUAUCGCGGGAAUCAAUUAUCUGUUUAGAAAUAUUGCACGAACAUUUGUCACACGUGCAAUUAGGCGCCGUGUUUAUAGAGACCAUUUCAUCCCAUACACGACGUAACCUGCUAAAAUAGGCCGAAUGUUGCUAAGGGAGCACUGAAGCUCAUAAGCACGUGGAGCACUCUCCUUCGCAAAUCUUUCUUUUAAAUCAGUCCAGAUCUCCUGGGCCGUUUUGAACUUCACACUUUGCCUCAGCUCCAUCUCCAUGCUACUAUUGAGCCAACCUUUAACCAUGGCAUUUGCUCGUUGCCAAUAUGGAAGGUAUGGUGAGUUGGACUGAGGCAUCGGUAUAUCACCAUUUACAAAGCCAAAUUUAUUUUUGGCAUAUAGGGCGUUGCUCAUUUCAUCGAGUCAAUCUCCAUAGUUUCCAUCUCGAAGAGUCAUAG